AUGUCACAAGACGAAUUUAGGACAAAAAUAUGGGACUAUUACAUAAAACAUAUUAAACGUCAAAAUAGAAAGGCACAAGAGGGGGCCAAUUUAUUGAAAUCUUACUCUGCAUGGCUUGCUGAGUAUUCUUCUUCGAAUGUUGAAAAAGAAAUUGAAAUUCCGGGACAAUAUGAUGGAUUAAAUAUUCCUGAUCCAAGCAAACAUGUCAAAAUCGCGCAAUUCGAUCCCGCAAUUAUGGUGUUGUCUUCAUUACGUAAACCAAAACGAAUUAUUAUUUUGGGAACGGACGGUAAUGAAUAUAAGUUCCUUGUGAAAGGAGGAGAAGAUUUAAGAUUAGAUCAAAGAGUUCAGCAACUAUUUUCACUUAUGAACGAAAUAAUGAAAAAGGAUUCUUUUUGUUCCCAACAUAAUAUAACACAAAAGACCUACAAAGUUGUGCCAAUAACGGGUCAUCUUGGAAUAAUAGAAUGGAUUAAUAAUACGGGGACUAUGCGCUCAUUCAUUGAAAAGGAACUUAAUGAUUCAAAAGUUUUUGUUGAUGCACAAUCAAUGCAUUCGCGCUGGGUUUCGCAAAAUCAAAAUUAUCAUAAUAUAUUUAUGAAAGUAAAUCGUGAUAAUGUGGUUCAACAUUUCAACGAUCUUCAGAGAGGGAUUAAAAAUGACUUGCUAAAAAAGGCAUUAUACAAGCUUGCUGCUUCUCCUGAAGCACAUUUAUCGAUUCGAUCCGAAUUUAUAAAGUGCCAUGCGGCAAUCAACAUAUGCGGAUAUCUUAUUGGUAUUGGAGAUCGACAUCUAGAUAAUUUCUUAAUUGAUUCAAAUUCGCUGAUCUCUAUUGAUUUCGGUCAUGCGUUUGGUUCAGCAACAGAAACAUUAGAAGUUCCAGAAUUAAUACCUUUCAGACUUACUAAACAGAUAGAAACAUUAAUGGAACCUCUCGGGUCUAAAGGGCUUUUAGAGUAUCCAAUGAUUAAAAUAUUGCAAAUAAUGCAAGCAAAUAAAGAGAUCUUGUUAAAUGCAAUGGAUAUUUUUGUUAAAGAACCAUUAUUAGACUGGCAAACGCGUGCCCUCAAUCAAGCUAAACAACAAAAAAAUCGUGGCAGUAAUGAAAUUGGAGAUGAUGAUUCACAGACCGUGGAAUGGUAUCCACGACUAAAAUUAGAUAUUGCUCGUCGCAAGCUUGAACUUGAGAAUCCAGCCAAUAUCGUUUGUAACGAAUUGAAAGCCGGCCAUUCAAAUAAACCAUGGUAUCCUUCAAUUAUUAAAAUUGCGCAAGGGGAUCCUAAUCAUAAUAUAAGAGCUAAGGCAUGCCAAAAAUGUUUUAGCGUUAAAGAGCAAGUUGAAUGUUUGAUUGAUUUGGCCACAGAUCCGCAUGUGUUAGGUUCUAUGUGGGUCGGUUGGCAAAGUUGG